UGGCGUCAUCAAAGUGCGUCGGUGGUUGUUCUGAGCUAGUCCGGCUAGCAGGUGAGUGCACCCACUGUUUUUGUUUUAAUGUGAAAACAGGGACUUUAAUCACACAUGAUAUGUCGCACCAUUAAAGCUGAGGUAUGAGGUAACAGGGCUGUAAGUCUGCUCUGACUUUAAUCCGGCUGAAUCAGAGAGUUUAUUGUGUUUGUACACGUGUACAGCUGAGGCGUGAACAACACCAGAACAUCAUUGUCCUAGGAGUGAGGUUUUGUAGCGAAGUGAAUGUAUUUAAUAAGAGUUUUGGGCCUUUAUUUUCAUUAAUAAAUGAUAAUACGGUCGAAUUAUUGAUGAACACUUAAAAAUGUAAGCCUAGAGAUCAUACUGUUGCAGGUAAACAAACAAUAAUAACAAUCCCCUCAGAUUUGAACCCGCUUUAAUCCUCCUUUUCUCUGGGCUGAAGUGAAGAAAUAAAACCAGAAAAAUGAUGGAAGAGAGCGGGAUUGAGACUACACCUCCUGCCAGCCCUUCACCCCCUCUGAGUGAGGCAGCUACAGCGAGCAGCCCCCCCAUGACUACAGGUAGGAAAGGACGAUGUUACCUGCAUUUCCACAGACACCACACUGACUCCAAGCAGACUUUUUACCUGGAGGGGGGGAAAUCCUGGUUAAAUCAGGUUGAUUCAUCCAGCUGAUCAUGUUCAGACAUGCAGUCGUAAAAUUAAUUUAGGGUCAAACACACUAUAACAUUGAGUUAGACACCCCCUCGAGAGAUAAAUGUUGCUGACUGCUUGCUUCUCUAUUUAUACCAACUUUAGUAAUGACCACAGGACAGCAAUCUGCCAUUUUCCUCGAUACAUCUUAUAUAUUGAAUGAAUCUCACCCUCCCUCUCUGCUUUAACAUCAGAGUGUGGGUGCAGCCCCUCCUCUUAACCUGCUCUGACUGUCACUUCAUCAUAAACAGUUCAGAUCAAUAAGAAACAAAGUUUGGAUCUCCAGGAGGUUGUAACUCCUGCAAAGAUGAAUGGAAGACCGCUGGAUCAUCAACAUAUUUAGCCGCAGUAUCAGUCAAAAUAAACGUGACUAUAAAUUUUGCCGUAGUCGAGCUGUUUUAAAGCAAGUUUGUCUUCUUCUGCAGCACAUCUCUGAAAGUGUCUCUCUGUUGUUUCAGGUCUGUCCAGUCCGCCGUCCCUCCUCGCCACCACCUCUGUUUCCGUUACCUCUUCCCCAUUCUCCACCCCCAUUCCCUCCCUACCCUCUGGCCCCCUCCCAGCUUUCAGCAGCCCCCUGCCCUCAGCCCCCUCCCUCUCCUCUCCCUUCCCCCCUCCCUCCUCCCUCUCCUCCCCCUUCACCACCAGCUCCCCCUUUCCUCCCUCCGCCUCCCCCGCUGUUCCUCUGCUGGCUUCCUCCAUGAGACCUCCUCCCCCUGCGGCUACUGGCAUGUCACCCCCUCCUGUAGGACCGUCCAGCUUCUCCUUGAGUGCAGGAUAUGACAUCACACGAGGGCACGCCGGACGGACACCACAGACGCCACUGAUGCCGUCCUUCUCUAAUCCCACCGCCAUGCCGGGUGAGAAACAGACACCUCUCCCUCUUUUAUCCUGGUGUAACAUUUUCACUGUGGCCGUGUGUUCAGGACGUUUUUAUUUUCCCCUCCUGUCCUCUAAUUGAACCCUCUCUGAUUCGUCUCGUGUCUCCUAGGCGUGGUGUCCAACCCGAUGGUCCAGCAGCCGACGAUGACAGGAGGAAUAGAAACCGGAUCUCCCAUCACGUUCCCUGAGGAGCAGGACGAUCCUCGAGUGUCUGGAGACAUUAACCCUGGAGGAGGGAUCUGGGGCUUCUUUAAGGUGAGAAUUAAGACAGAAAACCUGAUUAUAUAGAUUCUUUAGCAUCAGCCCAAUGGUACCUGUUUUAGCAUUUCUGUUGUAUUUAUCCCCGAUUUCUAUUUCUCUUUUAUUUUUUAUAAUUCUUCAUUUUUCAGUGUGAGUACAUGUUGUCACCUGAAGAGAAAUAUUCUGAAUUUUAUAAAUGUUGAUAAAAUUCAAAAAAGCCUGUGUAAAUAUAAACAAAAUUUACAGCCAACACUUGUAAAGUAAUUAGUGUCCUACUUGACUCACUCACCAAUGAUGAAGAUCAGGAUGCUCCAUCCUCAGGUGUCAAUUGUUGGGUCAAUGGUAGAGUCAAUCAGCCUUCAGUCAGAAGGUUGGGGGUCAGGAACAGUACAUGGACUCCAUACAAAACGUUUGCAUACAUCAAAAAGAGCCAUUAAACAUCAGCAUCACUGAAAUGUUUAUAUGUUUUUGGGGUUUGCACUAAUGUUUCACCCCUCUCUUUAUGAUAUCAUAUGACAAAAGUUUGAUCCAUAAAUGUUAUUUUUAAUGUGCUGAUUUUAUCAUGUCCAGCUUGACUUGAGCUUUGAUCGAAUACAAGGUGAUUUGGCUAUUAGCUGUAAGAGGCCCCUGUGAUUCCACAUCCAGACUUCUCUCAGAUGAUGAAGAGUGAUGAGAGUUUGUGAAGCAGCCAUCGUUGCGUCUCUGUGCACGCCGUGUGCUUUCACAGCAGCCUUUAUAGAGUCCAAGAACUUAGAUUUGAUUGGCUGAUUGAUGAAAUGAGGUUCUACUUCUCUGUCUAACAUAUUUACUGUCUCUGUCCUCAGGGAGUAGCAGGCAACCCCAUGGUGAAGACGGUUCUGGAUAAAACCAAACACUCAGUAGAGUCCAUGAUCACCACUCUGGACCCCGGCAUGGCCCCGUACAUUAGUGAGUCAAACUGUCUUUUUGACCUUUACAGAGAUCGUCUCGAGCUCCUACAGUGACGAUUUUUGUCUUUUAUGCUUGAGUGGAUCAUGUUGGCAAUGUAUAAGCACUUGUUUUUAUGAGAACAUCUGCUUUUGCUGCAAGUUCAUAGUUUUCUCCCACAAUUUCAACCUCCUGUUCUCAUUGUAUCUGAACUUGUUCCUGCAAGAUAAUAACUUGUGCGCACAAGAUCAUUUCCCUGUGUGCACAAAAUAACAUUACUUUGCAGUAUAAUCUUCUGUGUAAAUACGUAUGUUCUCUUAAGUGUGAGUUGUAUCAUACACAGCAGUUAAAAUUGAUCCCCUUAGCUGGACCUCAUGGGCUCUGUGUUGUGUCUCUGUAGGGUCUGGGGGAGACGUGGACAUCGUGGUGACCUCAGAUAAGGAGAUGAUUGUGUCUGCGGUCAGAGACGCCUUCCAGGAGGUGUUUGGGAUGGCCAUGGUUACUGGAGAGCCCGGUCAGUCCAACAUCGCUCCCCAGCCGGUGGGAUACGCUGCAGGAGUCAAGGUCAGUUCACCUCCCGGAGCGCUGAUCUUCACUUUUCUGUAUCAGAGGAACAGCAGGGAGCAGGAGAGCCAUACUCAAACUUUCCAAGACUUAAAUAUUGGUGAUUGUGUCAUAGUAAUGUAAAUCUAAUUCAGACCUGUGUUCAAACUGAAUGACUCAGCAGUACAGAAAAUUAAGACAUGAGAUGAAACUUAAGCAGCCAGGUCAGCUUCAGGGCCCAGAUGUUUAAAGAUAAUCUGACUAAAGCUAUAAGACUGUAUUUCACCUUGAAAAGUAGUUUUCAAAGUAUAAAAAAAGAGUUCGCUCUAAGUGAAUCAUCACUGUUUAGACUAAACAUAAGAUGGAUCAAACACCACAGAAGUUCUGGGCCAUGUUCAAACCAUCUCUAAGCGUACUCUCUCAGAUCCGUUUUAGUGUGUGUCUCUUCAAAUACAAAUGAGCUUUUUCUUGUUGCUACUUGUCCCGCGGCUGCUGUGAGAAAAACACUUGGCACAUUUACACGUUGUUCAAAAUGGGUUCAAUGUGUCAGUCUGACUGAAAGUGAGACUUUAAAAAUACAUGCCAACAAGGUAGAGCGACUGAAAUGGCACUAAACCAAACCUCUCAGAGUCAGACUAACAUACCAGGAUACUGUGAUUGUGGAUCAAUGUUCUUUACGUGUUCACACCUCCAUCAGACCCACACUGGUUGAAAUAUUCUGAGCAUGCUUCACAGUUUGGGCUUCGAGUGUUGACCUGGAUGUUGAACAGGAAGAUUGAAGAAGACAAAGAAGAACUGGUGCUUAUUGACUUUAUGUGAUUCAUGUGCAUUGACAUGAUAAGCUGCAGAUACUCCGCAGUAAAUCCAUGUCUUCACAGAAAUGUCUGACAGCUAUUUCAAACAUUAACAUAGCAAAAAAUAAAACAUUUGCAAAGAAAAAUCUACUAAAUUUGACACAUUUCAGCAGAGCAUGUUACAUAAAAGCUAAAAAUAAGGUGCAUCCCUCUACUCAGCAUAGCAGAGGGCGCUUACACAACACUAAAAGUAGCAUUGCCAGUGUGAUGCUCAUUAAAAUCUAUUAUAAAGAUUAUUAAAGCAGCCAAAAAAGAAAAAUAGUUGGAAAUUAUGGGAUUUAAUAAGAAGUUUACAACACGCGUUAUAAGUUAUGUUCAUCUUGGACUUCAGGGACUUGGUACUUAAGUGUAUGUGGGGGGGACUUAGAGUCAGAGGUGCUGACUCUAAUAAAAAAACAACAGAUGUAGGGUAUCUGACUCUCUUUGUCCAGAGGAUGCGUUCGUCUCUAAAACGCCUCAGAGAGCAGCUGUGUGCUGAACUUUUAUCGUCGAGGGGAAGUUUUAGAACAUUUUGCGAACAAUUAGAAACACAAAGGUUGAGAUUUAUGUCUCAUUCAGGGAGUUUUACAGGAGAGGAGGCUUCAAGGGCGACCACGACUCGUCAAAUUUAUGACUUGUUAAUUUCCCAACUCCAGACAAAGAACAGAACGCAGACACCUCAAUAAAAGCUGAGACAGAGAGACAAACAGGGCGAGGAGUGAGGCUGCAUCCUAAACAGCUUUACUCACAACAAACAGGGCUCCAGAAAGUCAACAUUAUGAUCAGGAUGAAGCUCCAGUAAUAUCAGCUGCAUUCAUUUUUUCUCUUAUUAGCAUUCGAAUGAACAGAGGCGUAUUCAGGCUGUUCGAGGGGCAGGGGAGGAAAGAAUACAAAGGGGCAGCGGUGCAGCAUGUAAAAACCAUUUAGGACGUUUUAUUUUAGAAACUUGGGACAGAGUCGUACGCUGGAAUAGAUACCAGCAGUGUAAAGAGAUCAAUUCUUCAUAUUAAAGCACAACUAAUAAGAGGGUGUCCGAGGGUCCUUCCUCUGGAAAUUUUGACAGCCUCGCACUCACUUCUCUGCAUAUUAUUGCAGCAUUUAAAGUGGAAAUUUAAAUGGAAAAGACAAAAUUAUUGAGACAUAAUAGCUAGGAAAUAAAUGCCACGUCCUGCAUCAAGCUCACAUUUUAUUAAAACUCAUUAAAACUCAAACUAAGUGACUAAGUAAUGAAAUGUUAAUCAAAUGAUAAAUUACUUUGAUUUAGACUUGAACUUCACAAAAAACAAACAAACAAACAAACAAACACAACUGAAUUACAAAUGAAUCCUCAGAAGGAGACAAAUCCACAUGCUCACACUUGGGCCACGAUUCGAUAUUUUUGUGAUUUUAAACAUUUUGCGAUACAGUGAGUAUUGCAGUACCAUAUGUUGCAAUUUGUACAAUUUUUUCAACUGCUUAACCGAUUUAGCAUUUGUCUUUCCUUAAUGUCUGUCUUAUUGAUGCAAUAUUCUAUUUUCAUGUAGCACAUCUUGCAAACCUUGUGUCAUUUCUAUUUCAUUUGUGCCCUGCUUGCAUUCCUUAUGUCUUUCCCAGGGGCUGUUUGUUGUGCUAACUUUUUUCUUCUCUAGGAUGUCACCUCUGCCGGCCUCACUGGACAAACAGUUGCUUUUAUUUUUCAAUUAAAAUGUGAAAAAAAUCGAUACUGGAUGGAUAAGACAAUAUGAUAUAUCACCAGACAAAAUAUCACUAUAAUGUGCUGUAUCAAUCUUUUUCUUCUCCAACCCCUUGUUAAGACAAAGACAGAAGAUCAGACACUGAUUUUAUUCUCUCUGCUGCAGGACAGGAUUAACCACUGUAAUGUAGACGUGCCAGAUUUUAAUCUUUGAGUAAUUGGUGACUUUGUUUUUAUCUGCAUUACUUUGUAAAACAGAAAAUAUUACAAAAUAUUCACCAAUGUGCAGGUUUUAGGAGGAAUUUAAACUCAGUUGUGUAGUUUUGAGCAGGAAUUUUUAUUGCAGUCACAUACAAGCUGAGUGUGUGUUUGUGUGUGUUUUGUGUUUGUGUGUGCAGGGAGCUCAGGAGCGCAUUGACAGCCUGCGUCGGGCGGGUGUGAUUCACGAGAAGCAGCCUGUGGUCUCUCUGGAAAACUUCAUCGCGGAGCUGUUUCCUGACAAGUAAGAAGAAAGAAAAACAACCUCAACUGACAACAAUAAACACGCACAUGUACACGCACACACACACACACACAACACACACACAGACAUACAAAAGUCUCUCUUGUUCAAACUAUUUUUAACAAACUCGUCACUUUUUCUCUGAUAUUUUGGAAACUCUCAGACUUCUUCAUGUUUGACUGAGCUCCUGCAAAUAUUUGAUAUUUAUUUAGUUUCUGUUUGAAAUGUGUUUUUUAGCUCUGAUCUCUUGACUAUACCUGCGAUCAAAACCUUGAUAUAGUUUUAAAAGCUGAUUUCGAUGAGUUAUUUGUUUGAAUUGUUUGGUGUCUACUGUUCUUCACAUUUAGCCCACAGAUGGUGUCUCUGAUAUCUCAUCUAACUUAAAUCUGAGCUCUACUGAAAAACAGACUCGUACUCAUUCCUCACUUGUACUUCAUUUCCUUCAGAUGUCAUGAACUGAAACAUUAUUUUGGUGUUUUUUUUGUUUGUUUAUCAUAAUAUAAACUAUUUUUAUUUUUUGUGUCAUUAGAGGGUGUGGGGUCUAGCUAGUUAUGGACUUACAGAAGCUCUAUCUUCUUGCCCGCAGGUGGUUUGAUAUGGGCUGUCUGAUCCUGGAGGACCCGGGUCACAGCAUCCGCAUCGAGAUCUUUACUCAGGCGACACCUGUGGCUCUGGAUCAUAUCCAACAGGUAAGAAUCUAUACAGGUGGCACAUAGACAUCAUCUUCCCUGGAGUAUUAGGGCCACUCAUGGAGGAAAGUUGAAAAAAAUGACAAAACCAAUUUAUUGUCUGUUAUUCCAUCUUCUCUUUUGUAAAGACCUUAAAUUUUCACUUUUGCUUACAUUUCACUCUAAAUUUUUUCUGGAUGACAACAAAACAUGACAGUCCUCUCUAUCCAAGGUAAAGAGAUGGUCAUUUAAAAAAAAAACAUGAUAUUUCCAGGGUUUUAGCCCAGAUUUUGUUGUUUUUCUUUAACUGAUUCUCAUGGCAUGACCAGAUUUGGCAGGUAUGAUCACAUGUGAAUAUUUUAUUUUGCAUUUAGACCUCUGAUGGUUUUUUUCACGUCUCUAACAAUUGGUCCAACAGGGACUAAAGUUAUGAGGCAGUAAUCUCAGGAUGUUUUCAAUGAGUGAAGUGAAGAUGAACUUCCCUCCAUCCUCAGUUUGCUGAGGUGCUUUUGGAAAUCAGACCGUUUUCUCGCAGCUCCCUGCAGCAGUAUCAGACCCUUCCAACAUUUGAUUUGCAGAAAAGAUCUUUUUUAGCUUUCCAGCGACCUGGUGUUCACCUCCCCCUCUCAGUCAUUGAUCAGCUGUAAGGAGGUCGAGGAGGGAGGUGAGUUCUGAAUUUCUCUUUAACCUGCUGCUGGCACGGCUGUGCUUGUCUGCUUUUACGGGAACACAGAGAGGAGCUGUCUGGAAAAGUGCAUUGUCAUCCCCAUACAUUCAAGUCAUCACAUCUCUCCUUUGCUCCCUCCCAGUCAGGGAUAUCCUUAAAAUCCUCUGCCCUGUUUAAAGUAGAUUUUAGCUCAUUUCAUGGAUUAUGUAUUCUCUCAGUGUGUUUGUUCGCAUACGACUUAAAUCUGUUGAACAAAGCAGCUCAGCCCACCUCUCUCUUCCUGCUGUAUUUCCAGACCCACAAAACUCAAAAACAUCUCAGAAAUGUCUGAGUGGGCUGCAUCUGUAAAAACAUGCAGUCAGAGUUUUCCCUGGCUUUAUAGAGAUUUUUUUUCUGUCUCUUUUUGUGAAGGAUUCUGAACCAGUUUUAGGGAUCUAACAAAAAUUUUGACUUGUGAAAGUUUCUCAGGAUUUUGAAAAAGUUUUUUGAGAUAAGAUUUUGUUUAUUUUUAUGUACCUGAUACAUGUAUUUAUUCUGCCAUCAUUCUUAAAGGUUCUAUGCCUUUGAGACAGACUGGAUUUAAUGGGUUCAAAGGUCACAUUUUUGGUGUAAAUUUCAGCCAUGGAAGCUCCAUUUGAGUUUAUCUCCACUUAGAAACCCUUCACACUCAUCUAUACCCCCCCAUCUGCAGGCCCAGUCCCUGACCCCCCAGGACUACAGCCUGCGCUGGUCAGGUCUGAUCGCGACAGUGGGUGAAGUCCUUGAACGCAGCAUCCCGAACAUCAACAGGAUGGACUGGCAUCAAGCGAUGACGGGGAUGAGUCAGCGUCACAUGAUCCAAAGCGCCGCCAAAGCUCUCGCAGGCCUCUACAAACAGCAGCUGCCCCCCAGGACUAUGUGAGGCUGAGGGUCCCACUGUGGUCUCAAACCAGGAGGGGGCGGAGGCACAAGGGAGAAGGGACCAGCUGAUUGGACAGCUCGUAGCACCUCAUCCGUCCUUUAAAAAGCCAAACACUCGUUUCUGUAGAGAGAAAGAUGUUUGACAUUCCAGUGAGUUGGUUGGUCUUUAAUGAGAGGAAAACUCGGCUUUUAACGAAAGACUUUAACUCAAACUGAUGGUUCUCCUCCACAGAUGACAAAACAUCCACUUCAUUAAUAUCAAAACAUGUAUAACUUAACUUUUAUGGUAGACUCUAACUGGUGUCCCAGUUGGUUUCUGUUUGCUAAAGAUAUCGUCCUCUUCCAGAUUUUUUCCUGCAGAACUUUCUAACUUGAGAAGUUUUGGGUUAAAACACAUUUUUGAAUUUUUACUUGAAGAUCCGAGUUAUAAAAGCUGGAGGUUAAAUGAGAUUUGAUAUGUGCCUGAAGAGAAAUUUACCCCUGACAUGAGUGCAGAAAAGUACAGUUAAGUGCAACUUGGUGUAACAUAAAAACAAUCCACAUACAAAGUUGGUCGCCACCAUUACAAAGUUAGGGUUAGGGAAGCAUUAAUACAAAGAUCAGUGAGUUUCUCUCAUACUGUAAAUCCUCGAUCAAAAACCUGGGUUCAGUUUGUAGCAGGACUCUAUAACAGCCAGAACACCUCCUUAACAAGUAUAUAUAAAAACAGCCUGGGCCCUCUCAUCCUGACUGUGCAACAUUUUAUUGUGGAGUGGAUUUAUCACAUAUGCAUCACUGUUUUCACGAUUUAUGUGCAGCUUAUUUCCUGGAACAAAUAAUCAAAAAAUCAUCUUUCUAGAUUAAAAAAUAUAUCUAUCUGUGGUGGCAAUGACAGCCAACAGCCUGUGUGUAGGGAUGGGAAUAGAUUUUAUUGAUUUAUGUGAGUCAACAAUGCAAAGUUUUGCUACCUUCUCUACCCUGCUGAGCCUGGCCCCUGAUUGAGCCUUCAAUGGUCAGCUGAUUGCACAGACAGCUUCUUAUUGGUUAAUAGACCAAAACAAAGAUAGCAGCUUUCAGUUAGUAUGGUCAGCGAAUGAUCAUACAACAAUGUUUUAUGCUAAAAUUUAUUCAUAAAUUAUCUCGGAUUGUCUUUGUUUUGAGGGAUUGGAUCUGGGCAACCUCUAAAAUACACUGAUCUUCUCGGAGGAAAAGAAAAACUUCUGAGUGGUGUAAAAACACACAGUUUGUGCCCAGAAAGUUGCCAGUCUCACGAAGUGAGUGGAUUUUACCAUAAAUGGAUACAUUGUUGUGGCAUUCUGAUGUUGUAAUCAUAAUUCUUAGCUGUAUAUAACAGUUUUGUCUUUCAUGAUUACUUGUUAGUUGUAGUCUCGAGACAUACUUGUUCUGUAAGGCACACAGAGGUGAAUGGGAGGCGUUGUUAAGGGAAGCUGGAUGUAAGCUGGAACUGCUCCUGGAUUUUCAUCCUCUCUCUCUGUGCAGGUUGAGCCACAGACUGAUUAAUCCUGUCUACUGUAAAGAUGUUUAUAUUGUCGCCAAAUCAACAAACUUUACGUACAGAGAUAUGAUUUUAGGUUACACAGAGGUCGAAUUACUGUCAUGAUUACUGCAGAGUUUAGGCAUAACUGUGCUGAUAAAUUCUCCAGCAUGGCAACCACCGGCUUUCUGCAGACAUCAAAUAUUAUACUGAAACUAUACUGUGCAGUAAGUGAGUAUCUUUUUUUUUUUUUCACAGAAACAGACUUAUUCUGCUCCAAAUUACUGCUUUUACAUAUAUAUAUUUAUCUAUAUAUAAACAACGCUGGUGCACAGAAAGAUAUUUGUGCAGGUGUGGAGCAUAAAGCCCUUUGUGCAUGCUCUGAAUUAGAUGAUGUGAUUUUGGAGGGUCAGAACAGGUUCAUCAGAUGGAAAAGACAUGCAGUAUUGAGAAUCAAGCUCUCAUUUUGCACUAAAAUAGCAACAGUUUUACUUCUCAGACAGCAAGAGUUUGAUGUGAAGUCCUGUUUCAAAUGAGAGCCUAGUACCCACAGCAGUGUGUGCAAAUAGAGGACCGGGUUUAUGUUUGAGGAUUUACAGUAUGCACAGUUUAAAAGCAUGAUAAAUAAGAAAUAUGUUUAAGAAAAAUCAUUAUUGGAGCCAGAGAGCCCUGAUCUGAAAGAGAAUACAACUUACUAGAAAAAUAGCAAAAUUAUGACAACAUAAAUGUUUCUUUAAUUUCCUUAUAUUGAUGUUUACCUCCAGAAAUAAUGUCAGAAUGGUUUUACUUUGGAGAGUCUCCUUAAUAUGAAGAAUUAGUCUGUAAAAACACAGAGCCAAUUAGGAUCUAGUUGAAUAAAAUGCACUAAAAUUGCACAUCACAACUAUAUAAAUCUGUAUUGUUAAUGUUUUGUUCCUUAAGAUAGCUAAAACUGGAAAAUAAGACCUGAUUGUAUCCUUCAAAUAUUUCAGUAACAGAGAAAGUGUAGCCACCACAAAUUUUCACUGCUUGUGUCUCUGACUAUUUCAGAUCCAGACUAAAGACUAGAAUCGUCACAUUUGUUCCUUCAAACCCUCAACUAUUUCCUAGAGUUUGGAGGAUAAUCCAAAUUUAAUUUAACUGUCAUGUUUCCCUCUUUUGUACACAACAUAUGCCUUCUUCUUCCAUCGUGCUUUGCAGUUGAAAAUGGGGUUUUUCUUUGUGCUUUGAACUGAAAACUUACUCCUUUUCUUUUUAUUUCUGUUUAAACUUACUAAAGGUGGAACAACAUCCAAAGUUUGUCAAACAGUUUAAUCACACUCCUUUAUUCAGAAUGUCCAGCCCUUGUAAUAAAACACUAAAUACUGUAAUUUUUCCAUUUUGAUUUUGUAAAGGGGUUAAUAUUGAGUUAUUGAGGCGGCGUUGAAACUAAAAUAAAAGCAAAUGAUUAAAGGUAUUUUUUAAUACCCACUCGCUAAUCUUACAUUUCAAGACAUAAAAAGGUUAAAAGUCUUCGAUAUUGUAUGUUUUUCAAUAAUUUGAUUUUCAGAGCUUUUCUGCAGACAUGAACUUAGUCUGCACCUUUAAAACAAACAGGAAAGUGAUUUUUGUUUGUACAUAAUUGUUGAUAUUGGAAAAAAAUCUCACAUAAACUGAAAAACUAACCUGUCCGAUUUCUGUCCAGAUUGUGAACCGAUUUUUUAAAAAUUCUGCAUGAUAAACAGUCAAUUCAACAAAAAAAUGAUCAAAAACAUAUUAAUUAUAACAGAAAGAUGAAAUUUGGGGGUCAUGUAAAGCCUGUAAUCCCGUCUAAUUCAGUGUAGAGUCAAUGGAAUCAAUAAUUAUCCUGCAGUUUGCAGCUGGGUCACAGCUCUGGUUAUGUGAUGCAAACACUGAUUAUGUUUUCUUUUUUUUUUUUUUUUUUUUUUAGUUUAAAAAAAAAAUCAUUGCACCACAUUUUGUUGAUUCCUCUUUGUUUUUAUUUGUUUUAUUACCUAAUAAUGCCAACAGCCUUUUUUUUUUUUUAUGUUUGCGGCCAAGAGUUAAUGUAGCAGGAUGCUAACAGUGUCAUGUCGGUCAACUGUAGUGGAAGGAUUAUAUUCUGUGUACUUUGUGUCCUCUAAAUGUGCCUUUUUACACAGUUCAAAUAAAUCACUUUUUAAUGGUGCUUUCUGUCAGUCAUUACCAACAUCUGCCGGGGUCUCCUCUUAGACUCUGGAGUUGAAACAUCAGAAAGAACAGGUGGUUUUGGUGGUUUCCAGUUUAUAUCUUCUGCAUAUUGCAGUGAAUCAGGCUGCAGACAUGUUUACUUUUGGUGUAAGUACAGACAUUUGAAUGUUAGUAUGGAUAGGGAUCCCCUGGUUUUUGGAACUGGGCACUCAAGUCGCAGCUCUUAUCAUCUCUGCAUUGGUUUUAUUUUUCAGCACAUGAGAUUAAGCAGGGAUCAGUUCUGUAAAGUACUUCAUGAGGCUUCAUUCAUGUUUUUGUAACCACAAACUAAUAUGACGUUCAAAUAUUGGAUGUUAGCACUUGAAGUUUCUGCUUUGAACUGUUUGUUUAGUUACAUGGGUGUCAAAAGAGGGUGGCCCAAGAAGACCAUGAGGUUUGCUGAAAACAUGACAUAAACCUCCUCAAGGAACAAAGCAAACGCAGACAAAAUUUUAGGGGUGAUAUUUCAUAGUUUGCCAUUCUGAAUAAGGGAGCACAACUUGAGUACAAGAAUCUGGCACACUAGAUUUUGAAGUGCUAAGUACAGGUAAAUCGUACUUCAAUGCAGAGUUGUGGAUCGGUAGAUUCUGGAAUGGUGUGAGAUGAAAUGCUGGGUUCCAGAAUGCUGGGUUCUAAAGUCCAUGGUUCUGGAGUUCUAAAUUCUAGAAUGCUGAAUGCUGGGCUCUUGAGAAUUUGGUUCUUAAGAGCUGGGUUCUAGAAUACUUAACUCUAGAGAACUGGAUCCUAGGUUGCUGAGUUUUUGUAUCUGGGAUCUGGAGUUUUGGGGUUAGAAAAUGUAGUUUUUUUCAUAUGACAGGAUCUAGAAUGCUGUGUACUGGAAAGGAAGGUUCUGAUAUGCUAUAUUCUACACUCACUGGCCACUUUAUUAGGUACACCAUGCUAGUAACGGGUUGGACCCCCUUUUGCCUUCAGAACUGCCUCAAUUCUUCGUGGCAUAGAUUCAACAAGGUGCUGGAAGCAUUCCUCAGAGAGCUUGGUCCAUAUUGACAUGAUGGCAUCACACAGUUGCCGCAGAUUUGUCGGCUGCACAUCCAUGAUGCAAAUCUCCCGUUCCACCACAUCCCAAAGAUGCUCUAUUGGAUUGAGAUCUGGUGACUGUGGAGGCCAUUUGAGUACAGUGAACUCAUUGUCAUGUUCAAGAAACCAGUCUGAGAUGAUUCCAGCUUUAUGACAUGGCGCAUUAUCCUGCUGAAAGUAGCCAUCAGAAGUUGGGUACAUUGUGGUCAUAAAGGGAUGGACAUGGUCAGCAACAAUACUCAGGUAGGCUGUGGCGUUGCAACGAUGCUCAAUUGGUACCAAGGGGCCCAAAGAGUGCCAAGAAAAUAUUCCCCACACCAUGACACCACCACCACCAGCCUGAACCGUUGAUACAAGGCAGGAUGGAUCCAUGCUUUCAUGUUGUUGACGCCAAAUUCUGACCCUACCAUCCGAAUGUCGCAGCAGAAAUCGAGACUCAUCAGACCAGGCAACGUUUUUCCAAUCUUCUAUUGUCCAAUUUCGAUGAGCUUGUGCAAAUUGUAGCCUCAGUUUCCUGUUCUCAGCUGAAAGGAGUGGCACCCGGUGUGGUCUUCUGCUGCUGUAGCCCAUCUGCCUCAAAGUUCGACGUACUGUGCGUUCAGAGAUGCUCUUCUGCCUACCUUGGUUGUAACGGGUGGUUAUUUGAGUCACUGUUGCCUUUCUAUCAGCUCGAACCAGUCUGGCCAUUCUCCUCUGACCUCUGGCAUCAACAAGGCAUUUCCGCCCACAGAACUGCCGCUCACUGGAUAUUUUUUCUUUUUCGGACCAUUCUCUGUAAACCCUUGAGAUGGUUGUGCGUGAAAAUCCCAGUAGAUCAGCAGUUUCUGAAAUACUCAGACCAGCCCUUCUGGCACCAACAACCAUGCCACGUUCAAAGUCACUCAAAUCACCUUUCUUCCCCAUACUGAUGCUCGGUUUGAACUGCAGGAGAUUGUCUUGACCAUGUCUAUAUGCCUAAAUGCACUAAGUUGCCGCCAUGUGAUUGGCUGAUUAGAAAUUAAGUGUUAACGAGCAGUUGGACAGGUGUACCUAAUAAAGUGGCCGGUGAGUGUAGAGUGCUGUUUUGUUGGGUUAUAGAAUAAUGAUUUCUGAGAUUAUGGGUUCUGCAAAUCAGAGGUUCUGGUGUGCUGGAUUCUAGACUGCUUACUUCAAGAUUGCUGGGUCACUGAAAGCUGGGUUCCAGGAUGCUGUGUUCUUGAAUACUAAUAUCUGGAAUACUGAAUUCUGGUUGUGGGUUCUUAAUUGCUAGGUUCUAGAAUGUUAGGUUCUUUACUGCUUGGUUCUAGAAUAUUAGGUUAUUAAUUCCUGGGUUCUAAAAUGUUGGGUUCUUAAUUCCUGGGUUCUAGAAUUUAAGGUUCUUGACUGCUUGUUUCUAGAAUGUUGGGUUCUUGACUGCUUGGUUCUAAAAUGUUGGGUUCUUAAUUCCUGGGUUCUAAAAUGUUGGGUUCUUAAUUCCUGGGUUUGAGAAUGUACGGUUCUUGACUGCUUGGCUCUUAAUUCCUGUGUUCUAGAACGUUAGGUUUUGACUGCUUGGUUUUAGAAUGUUGGGUUCUUGACUGCUUGGUUCUAGAAUGUUAGGUUCUUAAUUCCUGUGUUCUAAAAUGUUGGGUUCUCAAUUCCUGGGUUCUAGAAUGUUUGGUUCUUAAAUGCUGUGUUCUGAAAUGUUAGGUUCUUGAGAGCUUGGUUCUAGAAUGUUGUGUUCUUGAAUGCUGUGUUCUGGAAUAUUAGGUUCUUAAUUCCUGGGUUUGAGAAUGUACGGUUCUUAAUUCCUGGAAUUCUAGAAUUCAAAUUUAAAUGUUCCUCAGCAUGUUCUGGUGUGUUUGUAGAGAGAGACAUAGCAUCGGUUUGUGGUUUUAAGAAACCUUUUCCUCUCGAACAAAAAGCUCUCUCUUUGUAGUUUUCAGACUCUUAGGAUAAUAAUCCAAAACAUGAACUUUCAGGAUUGAUGCAGCUGUUACAGCCUGUUUACCUGCUGCUGACUGAAACAGAUUUAUAUUGGACCAAGCUCUUGUAAAGGUUUUAUUCAGAGUCUGAAAGUCCUCUGAGUACUUAAUAUUCAGGCAGCGUGCAUUCCUAUAGCUCCCACUGCAGACAGAGGCCAUGUAUUUUUCAGCCCGAGAAUAACUCUGAGAGGUCAUGUGGUCAGAUGACUACAACUUUAGAAUGAUUCAGGAAACAUAAUUUGACCUGUAUUCUCCAUCUCUAUCCUCAUUUAGUAUAAGUAUUAAGUAUUCUCUCUGCUUUGUGAAAUCUUCUUUCCGCAGAUCCGUUCAGCAUCAGCUUAAGUUAGGAAGUUGAUGAAUAAGUCUCCUCUGCUAAGCUUUCAAGUAAAGCGAGAAAGGGUAUAUGCGAUUUCACAUCAAUGAUUCAUGUUGCCUGGGGGUGGGAAUCCUUUCUUACCACAGGAGCUACCCUGAGUGUGUCUGUCGGAUUCAUGCCCACAAUGAGAUCAAGGUGUGUGUGUGUGGGCUGAUCCUGUAUAUGAGCUCAGCUUUCACCUUUGUGUGUGCAGAGAUUUCCCCUGAAGGUAAAUGUUGUAGCUGAUUAAACUGAAGAGGAGUUCAAACAGCUGCCUGGAGGAAGAAAUGUGACCUGUGUGAUAUAAAAGAUAUCCAACCUGCUGCUUUUAUCACAAAGCAGAGAAAAACAAACAUUGAACUGUUUGAUUUCACUGCUGUACGCUCCUGAUCUCCAGAGGAUGAUAAUGGCAGAUAUUGGAUUGUCUAUUGGUGCCUCCCUCUGCAUGGGGGCGCCCAUUGUCAAGAUAAGCGGGCUUGAACAAAAACACUUUUCAGUAUUUGGCUCUGCAAGAUUUUUAAAAUGUAGACUGAAUUUUUCUGCCACUUUUGUUCAAAAUCACAUUUAGAUAAAUAUUUUUGUUUGUCAUAAAAAAUGUCUGAAAGAUAAUGUGACAGCUGUAUCUAAAUGUUGAAUAUGAAUCUGGAAUGUUGAAUCUGAAUUUAACUUUAAUGUUACAUCAAAAGGUAAAAAUUGGCAUAAGUGGUAGCUGAAUAAUUUACUAAUAGAUAUUAAGUCGUGAGAAAGUCAAGUCGUAAUGUCACCCUAGCUCAGAGUCAUAUUGUUACAAAAAUUAAGUCAUGUUGAACUCGUAAUAUUAGCAGGAUAAACUCACCACAUCAUGAGAAUAAAGCUGUGUUCAAGUCAUAGUUUUGUUCUCUGUUAGCAGCCAGCCUCCCAAAAUGAGUGUCUCAUUACACUGUACUUAAUAUUUUGGCAUCUCAGUUCCGCAGCUGAAUGUUAAAUUUUGAAUGUAAAGCCAAAGGCCAAAUAUUAAAUACAGUUUUAACAGGGGAAUUUAUAUGCAACAUAAAAAAAAAACGUUUACUGUUAAAUCUUGGUGUUCAAUAACAGGCAAGUGGAGUAUCAAUAAAGGCAACAAGGGUCUGUGUCUCAGAUUUUGGUUAAAGUUUGAAGCUGCUGGUCUUUGAUUGAUCUCAGACUUCAGACACCAUCAAUAGCUUCUAAUUGAAAUCCUUUACUGUAAUCCUCUCAUAUCCUCUCAUACCUGCUGCGCUGAUUUCUUUUAAAAUGUACAGAUCUAUGACUCCUAACUUAACUGCGUUUCCCUUUAAGAGUUUGAAAAUACGAAGUUCAAGAAGACAAAAAAAAGUACAUAUAUAUAUAUAUUUACUUUUUUUAAAAAAAUUAAACACCUCCCUGACCGGUUUCUUGUGUGUUUCAAACUCUACUCCACUUCUUGUUUCCCUCGCUGAAAAAGUCUCUCUGUUAAUUAAAAUUCCUCCUGUGUCCAGUCUGUAAUCCGAAGAUUAUUCACUUCCUGUGUCUCUCACUCUAAUAAGCCUGCAGACAAAUCCCAGGACAUUUUCUGCAGUGAUAAAUAUCUGAUCCAGAGCUUCAUUAAGUCCUCCAGCUGACAGAUACACUUUCUCACCUGAGCCCGUUUAUUUUCCCCUUAAAGCUGAACUAACAUCAGACUCUGUGGUUUCUGGGAUAUGAAGAUAAAACAGCAACAGAAGUAUUCUUCAGGCAAACCCAAGCUGCACAAAUUAAAGAGGUAUUCCACUGCAGUAACACAUUAAACUUAACCCACAAGUGAAGGAGAGUGCUCGUGCCUCAUCAAAAUGUUACAUCCACGUUUACCCUAAAAGGCAUGUAAUUGCCAAUUAAAUAGAAACACCCUGCCUGCAGAUGUAAUCAGCACUUUAAAGGGAACAAGAGCAGACACUGAUUUGAUUCAUGUCACACCUUAAGCACACUAGCUUCUAAGUUGUGAAGUAAACAUGAAGGCCUGCUCAAGUUGGUACAACUACACGGAAAUUCAGGCAGGAAUUUAGUGCCAGACUUUCCCACAUGAUGUCAUAUUCACUAACAACAAGGUGAACAUACAUUUUUGUUAAUUUUGAGAAUUUUUUUAACUAAUACAUUGCAAAUCAACUCUUUGUUCCAGUGUAAUUUGUUGUAGGGUAUGAGCAUUGACUGUCAUCCACAUAGAUUGACCUAGAGCCGUCAGAAAUCUUAUUCAUUUAUCUAAUUAACAAGUCAGAAACCAUCGACUAAAACAUUAAUCUGGUAUUUAUUAGUAUUCAACUUUGGUUAAUAAGACAGAUUAUAUCAAACCCGACUUUCCAAAUGGAGAGCAUGUAAAUUCACCAUAGCCAAAGAUCAACUUUUCAACUCAGAAACUAGAACCAUUAGUUCUAGGAAGCCAAGGUUGUGUGCCGCUUAUCUAGCAACAAGUGAUUGGAUUUGACCUGAACCACUGCGCCAUGCACUUUGAAAUGUGUGUUUUGGGUGGUUGUGUGCUCCUACAUAAGUGAUGUGGCAACAAGUAUAACAUCCAUUCAUUGACUGUAAGAUGCACAUUUUGUUGCAUUUAUUAGUCUACCAAAGAUUAGUCUAACAUUUUUAGUAGACAUGUAUAGCGCAGAGUUCUCUGUGUUUUCCUUGUGCCAGUUUUCUAUACGGAUCCGGCAGGCUUCUUUUAUUUAGGUCAUGACUGUCACCUCUCUGUCAGUGUUUCUCUUCUCUGACUGCAGACAGCUCAGAGGAACACAUGCACACAAACACACACACACACACUGGAGUUAAGUGUGUGAUGCAUCAAAAAAUCAAUGUGAAGGUCUUUGCAGGGACUCUAUAACCCAUCUGUACGCUUCAGGUCGAUACCAUCCACAGGAAGAGUCUGAGGACGCUCUUCCUCUGUGACAUGGACUCCUUAAACACUUCAGUACAUUCUGUUCAAUACUCAUUAUAGCACAGAAAGUGACAAAGACUUUAAAUAGGUCUGUCACUGUUCAGGGUCAUGUCUGUUGGGUAGUGGCAUCUGUUUCUGCAGCUAGGUCAAAGACAAAGACACCGAGCAGAAAAAGCACAGAAGGAACUUAUUUCACCAAAGAUUAUACAAUUUCAUAAAGUAAAUAAAUAGAGACUCAGGACCUGUGUUGUGCUGACUAGAAACACUUGUAUUUGACCUGCAAUCACAGAAAUGUUCUGUAAAUAAAGGUCUAUGCUUUUUUUGUGCCGUGCAAGCUACUUUAAAUCGGUUAGAAGUUACAGAACUGAGUGAAAACAGAUCAUUGGACGGUUAAGGAAGUAUAAAUGCUGAUAUGAUUGGUCACCUGCAUGUCAGUUUUUAAAAGUAUUCAGUCAUCUCUCAGGGGGGCUGCUACAACUAGCUAAUAGCUACGAUUCUUUUCCUCUGUUUUAUGUUUUGACAACCAGUAAUACCAAAUGCCUGAGUCUUAAAACAGUAUCAAUAUUCUAUUUUUUAAAAGAUGGUUGUCAUCAACAACAGCUAUACUGCAACAAUUCCAAUACUCCAUGACAUGGUACAGUUCAGUUUGAUACAAUAAAAUAGGGCAUGCUACAGUUGCUACAACUUAAUACAGUGCAAUAUGAUAAUACAUGAGUUAUGGUAAAUAGACCAUUUAUAAGUAGUAAGCAGAUAGUUUAUUAAAGUUUAAUCAUCAUUCAUAAGUAGCAUAUAGACCAUUAAUCGAUUGUAAAUUUCACAAUUUUAAAUACCUAACCCUAACCCUAACUUUACAAUAACAAUCUAAGUAAUGUUUAUAGGUGGUUUAUAAACCACUUAUUAAUCAUUUACAAAGUAUUAUAAAUAUCAGUUGCAACUUUACAAUAACCAUCUAAUUAAUGUUUAUAAAUGGUUUAAAAACCAAAUAUUAAACAUAAGUAAACUUUCUAUUUACCAUUUAUAAAUUAUGGCUAUUGUAAAGUGUUACCCAUAAUGUAUAAAAGAUAUCAAACAAUAAGAUAGGAUAAGAUCUGAUACAAUUCAAAAUAAGUUAAAGAGAACUAAUCAGGUUUUGUUCUUGAUGUUUAACAUGUUUAUUUCUGCUGCUGAGGUGGACUUUUUCUCAUGGGGCUCUGUGGGGACUUAGUUUUGUUAUCAUUUUAAGAGGUAAGCUGAUUUUACUCAUGUUGGUGCUCAUUUAUUCAAACAUAAUCUGGAUUUUGAUUUGAGUAAGUCUGCUAUGUUUUGUAUUCCUCUUUGUUUGUACUGUAUCGUGUUGAUAGAAAUAGGUGGGGGGAGACGAAGUCCGGAGAGGCAGACUUUUGGGGUGGAGUGGGCAGAUCCUGAUCCAGAUCCAGAUCCAGAUCCUGAUCCGCCCGUUUCUCCCAGUGGAGGCAGAAAGGAGCUGAGCGGCACAGAGGCUGCAGAGCCUCAGCCGGGGAUGGCAUCCUCCUCGCACGGAGUGUCUUCAUCCUCCUCCUCCUCCUCAGCUGGGCUUCAUGUCGCAUCCUGAGCGGACUGAGAGGCGGACUGAAGGUAGAAUGGGCCGAACCCCCCGGUCCCCCUUCUGACUCUGGAUAUGGAACCGACACCUCCGCACUCACACAAAGGUACCCUCGUCUCCUGGUUCCAUACGGAGCUGCAGAUACAUGCGCGCGCGCGCGUGUGUGUGUGCAGGUACGCAUGUGUUGCAUGUGUGUGUGAGUGUGUGUGCAGUCAGGUGCUUCUGCGGAUGUGUCUGCUGGUUAAAGAUGACGAGGAUGAUGAUGAUGAUGAAGGCGCUGCACUUGUUGAGUGAUUUUGGGUGUGUGAGUUCACCAGUGAUCAGCUUCUGCACACCUGUCGUCUUCAUGUCCUGUCAUCAUGUGUGCUGUAGUAAAGGUACACACGCACGCACACACUCAAACACACGCACACACUCACACAGAUGAUUUUAGGAGAUUAAAAGGUUGCAGCGUCCUUGUCUGAUUGAUUCCUGCAGCCAACUUUGCCUCCCGGUGUCUCCCUUAUUGUCUCCUGGUUUCCCCGGCGUGAUUAGGCGUUUUUGAAUCAAGCUUUCCGAACCUCUAUCUGUAACAAACUACAGAACAUAUUGCACAUUGUUUGAAACAUCCUCUGAUUAAUGUCUCACAUGAGGCACAGUGACACUGAGGUAUUCGUUUGCUCUGAAAUUCAUUAUCUCAAGCUUUCUUUGGCUUUGCUGUAACAACAAAAAAUGAAUAGAAUAGAAAUAAACUAAAGAGUUGGUGUAUGAAAUUACUGAGUCAGAUUGUAAUUCCUAAAACCAUGCAACAAAAGGACUUUAGGGAAAUAAACUCUGUCCAGUGCAGGUUUACACCGGCAGUUAAAAAUAUAAACCAUGAGCUGUAAACAAGUGGUUAAAAUGUUGUAGGUCAUUGCAGAAUACAGUAUGUACAGUAUCUGCAAUGGUGUGGUACAGCAAACUUUACUCCCUGCAUUGACCUAUAUUUUCUUUGUACAGUGGAAGGACUUUAGCCCAUUCAACACAAAUUAAUAAUGAAACAUGAAUCUUAACAUUCAGCUCUUAAAAUUUAAUGAAGGAGGUGUCAUUAUGCUUUUUUGAUAUAAAAACUAAUAUGAAGUUUAAAUAUUUGACAUCAGGUGGGAACAGAUGUGCGCAGCAAGAUUUCAGUCUGUUAGAAGUUGUGUCGCAGAAAUCCCAGGAUAAGACUGCAGGCUGUUCUGGAGUGCAAGGUUCUUGGAAUGCAUGGUUUUGGAAUUCAUGUUUAUUUAUUUAAAUAAUUUUUAUUCCAGGUUUCAGAAUAUGAAGUUCUGGAAUGCUGGGUUCUGGAAAUAUGGGGUCCUUAAAUGCUAUGUUCUGGCAUGCUUAGUUCCGGAAUGGUCAGUUCUGGAAUGCAGAGGUCUUGAAUGCUGGGUUCCAGAGCACUGGGUUCUGGAUUAUUGGGUUCUCUAACACUGGACUCUUGGAUACUGAAUUCAUAAAAGACAGGUUAUGAUAUCCUGGGUUUGGGAGUGCCCAGUUCCAGGACUCUGGUAUUUGGAGUGCUAGGUUUUGGAAUGCAUGGUUUUGGAAUGCUAGGGUCCAAAAUGUUUGGUUUGAGAAUGCUGGGUUCUGGAAUGUUUGAUUCUGGAAUGCUGGGUUCUGUUACAGAGAUGCUCUUGGAUGCUGAAUCCUAGAAUGUCGGACUCUGAAAUCCUGGAUUCUAAAGCAACAGACUGUGGAGUGUUCCUUUGCUGAUCCGCUGUGUGUACUGUGUGUGCCUUGAUAUGUUACCCAUCCCUGGUUUUCGCUGCUGUAUGUUUAAAAUCAGAUGGAGUUCUUACCUGUGAGCUGUCUGCUUAACUGGAGACGAUCACUCAGCACUGCAGCCGUCACUGAACCUUUCUGCGCUCUUGCCUUCUUCAUUUUGUAAAGGAUUUGUCAUAUUUAUCUGAGUUUGACCACUUUUCUGCUCUGUAGCCUCUGAGCAAAAAUGCUGAAGCUUAUUUCGGUUGGGUAGAAUAAGUUAUAAGUUUAUAAGGGCCAGCUCCCUCGCCUAUAAGUGAUGUCAUAUCUGGUGAUCGGGGGUGUUAAAAAUUGUCGAAACCUUCUUGGAGAAAGACUUACUGGCUGCUGCAUUGUUUUUAGAAAAGCCAGUGUUUUAAUUUGAUAUGUUUCUGUAGUUGUCUGAUCAUGAAUUAAGGUAGUUUAAUGAUAUAAUUCAGCAUAUAUAACAUACAUUUCUCUUUUUUGGCAUAUUUAAAGGCUUAAAAGUCUUAAUUCUCAAACUUUCUUGAGUUUUCUUUCCUCGUGAUUUAGAAAAUACACUUGUGGGAACUUCUUUUAUAUAUAUAAAAGUGACAUUUUGAAGUGCAUCUGAAUCUUUCUGCCAACUGAAAAUGAUCCAAAGACGUUUAGAGCUGAGCUGUUUUUCAAACUGUAAGAGUUUCAGAGACAAAGUGGACCUCAUGCAGAAACAUAUUUGUAUUCUUCUCCCGUCCUCUCCGUCUGAAGAUGAACUGUUUGACAGAUCUCGACCCGCUGGGAAUUUUGUUUGUGCCUGUCAUGAAAAACUUCUCUGACAACUGUCCUCCGUGCUGUGCAUGAAUAAGUCUGGCUGUUUUUCUUCAGGCAUGAAGCCCAGAGGACUGAUUUGUGGAUAUUUCUCAUGUUAGAUCACUGAUGCCUGACCUGUGUCACCUGUUUCGAAGCUGCUGCUUCAGGUAGAGCCAGCCUUAUUUUAUUUUUCAGUUUUAAAGCGACACCUGUGAGGCUGUUUUUUAUUCCGAGUGGGGUAAGUUCAGUCUGGCCUUCAGGUGAGAUGGAGACAGCACCUUUUCUGCAGCGUCCUUCAGGGAAAACAGCCACUGAAUUAAAAUGCAGCCUCAGACUGGAGAGGGACAGACACAGCCCAAGGAGGGAGAGAUGAAACACGAGGAGUAUAUUUUACUCUAAUAACUGACUGUGGAGUAUAAAUUUGCAGAGAAAAAGCACUGAAGUGUGUAUUUUUUUGUGGUUUCAACAAUAAAAACUGCAGAGUUUCCUGUGGAGAGACCUAUAAAAGGCAUAGAGUCGGUGCAUCUUUUCUGUUUUCUGCCUCCAAAGACAAAAAACCUUUAAAAGUCUGACCUGCUUUCUGACCCAAAGACAAUUUAGUCAUCCAAAACCAGACUUUAUGAAGACAAGGGAUCUUACAGAGCAACUAUUUACACAAUUUCAGAACCCAUUGGCUAUUAGCUAAUGACAUUAUGUGCCUUUUGGAAGGAUGGCCAGCUUUUCAGACAUUCAAGUUCAGCCAAGAGACUUUAAACCAAGACUUCAUUUUCUACAAGAUGCACUUUUUAAAGACCAGUUAGCAGUGUGGGGAGCGACUGUGCACUCAGGUCCAAAAGACAUAGACUUCAACCCUUCCUGAUGGUGCAAAAUUGUCUAAUUUCUUGUUUCAACACAUUAACACAAAAAAACGUAUUUGCAGCAUGCAGAGGACUAAAAUGCACAGAAAGGCUGUUUUUAAAAAUACCCACCUAUGAGAAGGCCUUACGCUUCAUACUGACAUUCACUCAAAGUGUCAAAUACAACAGCGGGAAGCUGAACAUAACUCUUAGAAGAGAGGCUGUUUAGGUUUUCUGCUUCAUGUACAGACUUCAGGCUGCAGAUCUGACAUGCAUAUUUAAGAGUGAAGCCGAAGACAUGUCUCUGCACGCAUCAUGUUUAUAUUUCAGCUCUUGAGGCUUUCAUUGCACAAUCUGAAAUACCUCCAAACUGAAAUUACACAGAAAGAGAGAGAGAGAGAGAGAGAGAGAGAGAGAGAGAGAGAGAGAGAGGCCAACCCAGAGAGUGUUGCAGUUAAAACUGGGUGUAACAGUUUGUAGUUAUAGUAGAGUCUAAAGUACCUGAAUGCACCAUUAGAUUGGUCAUUUAAUGAGAUUAAUCCACAUUAACAUUAUAUGAAAUUAUACUAGCUGCAUGUAGUGUCUCCUUCUCUAUAAAUGUCUCAGUUGUUAUUCGUUUUUCUUAAUGCACUACGAUGUGAUAGAGGAGAGUGAACUUAAUGUCAUUCAUCUUGAUAUUUGACUAUCAAGUUUAAAGUGUGAGAAUUAGGUUUGACACUUUUAGGGAAACUCUCAUUUAGAUAGACGUUGUGUGGGGAUUCCUCUCUCUGAGAAAAGUGCUGGCAGGGCGGGUUGGUAUAAAGCGUUUGUGUGAUGAAAGCGAGUUAAACUCUUAAAGACUUGAGCCCUGAGGCCACAGUUUAAAAAUCAAACAACACAUUUAUUAAUAAAAGCUCUCUAAUAUGAGACGUAUGAACAGGCGCCUAAUAAUUCUCUGAUCUAUGAGCAGUUCUUUGUCAGAUUCAGCGGGUGUACAGCAUCUUAACUAUUUGCAGCUCUUUGUCAUUGUGUCAUUAUAAAACAACUAAAAUUCUGCAAAGUACCAAAUGUGUCAAACUAAUGAAGCUAUACUGCUUUAUUUCAGGGUGAUAGAGGAAUGAGAUUACAUCCUCUAAAAGGCUUCAUUCUGACCUUGCUUUGGGUAACAGCUGACAGAUUAGGUCUUACCUUUUCUGUACCUCAAGAUUGAUUUUUCAAAAAUCACAUUUGCGGAUCAUUCAAGCCUGAAGCGUCCUCUCUUCUCAGCUAAUCAAAUGUUAGCUAAUGUGCUUUAAUUAGAUAUUAGUGGGAUAAACGUAUUGCUUCCAGGAGGGUACAUCCGAAUGACCCCCAUUUCCCAAAAAGUUGGGACACUGUACAAAAUGUUGUUAAAACAGAAUUUGAUGGUCUGCAACACAUUCAAAGCCUAUAUUUUAGAGAAAACAAUGCAAAGACAAAACAUCAAAUAGUUAGACUGAAAAAUGUUAUAAAAAAAUUGCUAGAAAUUAAUCAGUGACUGGCCUUUGAAAAACUUUUACCCUGUUAUUAAAAGUGAUCAUCUGUGAUGUUUUUUUGUCUCUUCCUCUGCAGACUAUGAGGUCCAUCUAAAGGGGUCAGGCCAGUGCAAAGACGAUGCCACAGCGCCCCUUGUGGGAGCUGCAGAGCUGCUGUCCUGCUCCCUCCUCUCUUUUCUCUUCCCGGAUGAUGGAGGGAGAGCCCUUCACCUCUGCCCUCUCCUCUCUGCUGUAUUCUGCUGGGGGACACUUUGUAGCCCUAUCUUCCUCCUCAUCCUCCUCCUCUUCCUCUUCUUCCUCCUCCUCUUCGGAUUCGGCCAUCGCUGCCAUGUCCCUGGAGCAGAAGACAACUUUUGCCUUGGUCUUCUUCCUCUUUGUUUUCCUCCUCAUCCUCAUUGUGAGAUGCUUCCGGAUCCUCUUGGACCCGUACCGGAGCAUGCCCACCUCCACCUGGGCUGACGGCCUGGAUGGGCUGGAGAAAGGCCAGUUUGACUACACACUGGCAUAGAGUUACACACAUAAAUACUCAGAUCUGAACACUGCCGUCUCUCAGUCUACACACACUCCAAACAAGCAGUGUGUUCAUGUGUCUACCUGGAGUUUAUGGACCACAGACAGACAGAAAACCAGUCUGAGUGCUGCUUCACAUCCUGCUGCCUUUCAGGUGUUUAAACCCACAUGCACAAGCUAACAGGACAGAUAAGCAUAAUACGGGAGCAACUUCUUCUCUGCAUGGAUCAAUAGGACUUCACUUUGGCCUCGGUGACUGUGAUUAAGCGUCUGCUGCCAUGUUGAUCUCAACAAAACAGAAACUGUUAAAAGACAUGCACAUCCAGGAGAGAGGGACGACCUAACUGAUGGCUGGUUUAGGCUGUGUUAUCGUGUGCAGAAGAGUGACUGUAUAUAAAGAUGUACAAAGCAUCUUAGCCUCCUCUUAUUGUACAAAAGAGAAACCAAAACACCCCUCAUGACAGGCGCUCUCAUCCUGCACAUUUGUAGCCACAGAUUUAUAACUCGUGACGCCGAUCUCUCCAGUGUAAGAUUAUUUAUGACACAAUAACGUGCACUGAGGUCUGCAGAGUCAACAACUGACCAAUGCCAAAAUUUUACAGCUUAAUAACCUUUCAGGACUUCCCAAUGGCUCUCUUUUUACUGCUGGUUUAUUCAACACCAGUCAGCCUCCUUUUGCCACUUCAGACAAACUAAUCAUUCACAUUGUAUUUUUGCCAAAUAUUCGAAAAACUGAUUUCUCUUUCCAUCUUGUUGUUCUAUAUAUGAUAAGAUUCUAUGAUAAGUUAUGGCCGCACUGCCCUUUGGUUGAAAGUUGUCCAUCUAAAAUGAAGAGCAAUAAAUUCAAGUUCUGGGAUCUUUAGCUGUUUAAUAGCCUAAAAUGAGAAAAUGUUUUAACUGACAACUACUGAGAGCCCAAAUCUAAUGGUCUGUUAGGCAAACAGACAAAUCAUGACUUUUUUGAUGUGUAGUUUUGAAAACUCAAACUUGAAGUUAACAUGAGACCUCUUCAGCUGCCUCCAACUAACUGGACAAUAUCAAUCUUGUCAUGAAUUGAUCAUCACUUUUUAGUGUGUUUAAACCUCGGUUUCUCCGUUACUUACCUCAGUUGAGUCAUCACUUCUACAUAAUUAAGUUUUUCUUCGUAAUUAUUGUCCUCUUGUUUCUGCACAUCUCGCAAAACAAUGAUGGGACACUUGAGAGAUGCUGUUAGCAUGAACAAGAGCAGUGGGAUUCAUCAAAUUCCAAUUUUGAUGACUAGUAUUGCUCUACACGAUCGUAAAUUUGUCAAUUAAGGCUGAACAAUGUUGCGCUGCCUUCUUGAAAAUGCUGUUCAACAGCAGGACAAACUAUCAGGCAGCUACAGGAGGAGAGAGGAGAGCAGGAGGAGGCAGGUGUGUCUGAAAAGCCGAGGGACAGAACGAGCAAGACUAAUGAUCAUGAGUGAUCACGAGCUACUGCCUGCCAAGUUUAAAAGACAGAGACAUCGUUCUAAAUUAUAUUUAAGUAUAAACUUUACGGUCUCUAUAAAGGACAUUUGAUAAAAGCUUGAAAAUACUGAAUGAUCUGUUAGAUCUGUAGUCUGUGGUUGAAUGUAAGCAGUAUAAGCGGUAAAAGAACUCAACUCCUUCAAUUUUUAGGACACAGUGUAAAAAUACUUUACUACGGGUGAAAUCUGACAUUUUAUUUCAUGAGUUAUAUUACAAAAUUAAAGCAAAAGCUCUUAGAGUGAAGAGGUGAUGCAUGGCCCCUUAAGUAGCCGAACAUCAGACUUAAAAAAAAAAUUCAUCUAGUCAGACACGCUUAAGUAAACUCAAAGGUAGUCAAAACUGUUUAUUUUAGUUCUUAUUGUUGUGUUUUAAAGAAUUACGUAUUUUUAAGUUGAAAAGAGGCUGUAAGUUACGUAACUGUUCCUGAUGAUGUCAAAUCAUGAGUAGUCAUUUUUGAUAAUUUUAGUAUCAAUAUCAAUCUAAGUAAUUGCAUUUAAGAAUUUUUGCUAUGAUGGAGCAGCGCCAGCGGGAACGACAACCAAGAAUAUAAUCACGGUGGACAGAGACAGAAGUGCUCCCAAUUGCUGUUGUGUACUUCUCUGUGUUGUGCUCAAAACAUCAGCUCUGCAAAUAGGACAGUAUGCAGCCAACUAAAAACUUCUCGCUUUGUGAGACUGACAGCGCAGUGAGUUCCUGUCACAUCCAAGAGUUUUUCUAUCUCACAGAGGAGACUGGUGAAAUUUCAGAGACUGAAUCCAGUCCCUCAAAAACAAAGUCAUCUAAGAGGAUUUAGAAUUAGAUUUAAGUGAUUUUCAUCUGAUUUCACAUCUCAUUGUGUGUGCUCCAUUAAAUUUUGGAGGUUGGAAUUUCCAGAUGCCCAUUAGUUUCCUGAAUGCUGGAGUCUGGAGUCAUACUCCAGCAAGGUACCAUGAGCUUGAGAUCCAAGAUUGUUGUCCCUGCAUCAAUAGUAAACAGCUGAACAUUGAGGUGUUCAUGAGCAACUUCAUUUUGUUUUGCAGAAUUGAAUUACUCACACUGAUAGUGCUGUGUAAGUUUUAUUUGUGUGUGUGUGCAUGAUGUCAUGUUGCUUUCGCACAUGUUUUCAACUUGUAAGUGGAACACAGUCAACUCAGGUAUGAAGUCAUUCCCAGCUCUAACAUCUAACCUCCAAGGAAAAUGGGAUGCACCAUGAUACAUGGAUGUACCAUCAGUGAAGUCACCUGGUCAGUAUUAGUAGUACUUGCCACAUAGGACUUGCUGACCCAGCUUAACUUUUGACCCACCAAGAAGCAAAGAGGUGGAGUUGAGGCAAGCCUAUAGUCUCCUCACGAACAGUUCCAGUGUGCCCGCCUGUCGGUCAAGUCAACUGGGCCUCUAAGCCGUAAACUCAUAGACUUAAUGUCUUCAGAAAUAAUGCAUUAAAAAAUUACCCUUGUACAGAGCCCCCAUUCAGACCAAAGUGGUUUUUACAUCAGGCUCCAAAUAUAUUUGUUUUUGCUCCAAAGAAAAGCUUUUUGGAAUGAUUGUGUAUGCGGCUUCUGUUGCCUCUGCAGCCAGCCUCUAGUGGACACUCGAAGAACUGUAAUUUUGAACACUUUCAACAUAGUCCCUAUUUUGUCAAGACCAGUCGCUUGGUCAGCACACACAGGCAUACACACUUGUACAUUCACUGUGUUGUUGUUCGAACCCUCUCUGUGCAUAUUUACAGACGUUGCUACGGUUCAUUUUCCAAACUACUCACUGUACUUAAAGGUUCAUCGCUCAUAGAGGGUAGCCGUUUUCUUUUCUGCCUUCACUGUCUCUCUGUGCAAGAACUAACCAUAAUGGAAAUGCUGCCUAAAAAACCCCCAAGUGUACAACCUCUUUUUCACUGUUUAAAGCAACUAAAGCUAUUUUCAAUUUUGAGAGAAAAUGUUGUGACAGUUUCCAGAUGAGCCAUAAAGAUUUCCUGAAAUAAAUCAGACAUUUCCUGCCACUUAUUCAGCUACAAACUGUCAGCAGCGUGGACAAACUCAAAUAUGCUUUAUGUUUGUGAUGGUGAGGUCAGCGCUCGUACAGUUGUAGUCGUGGAAAAGUGAGAGAAAAAGAAAUGCUUCAGAGGCAAAAACAAAAAAAUGUCUUAGAUUUAAACAGAAACAUGAGUGCAUUGAAUUUUUACAGUAGGUGUUUAUCUGUCAUGUGUUUCUGACUAUAAACAGCUGAUCAUAAAGGCCACAGCGCUGCUCUAACAGAGGUUUCUACAGUAAGAAUAUAGCCUGAAGUGUGGUUAUUCAACUUUGGAGAAAUCAGCCGGAUUUUUAAGAGUAGUCAGCUGAAAAACUGCCUAGUCAACUCCUCCCUGAACUCAUGACAGUGCUUCACAAAGAGUCAGGAUAAGUCUAUGAAAGGAGUCUUCCCUCGCUUUAAUGAAGUAUGAAGCUAUUCAGGAGACAUAAAAAAAACAUAUUAGAAUCUGGCAAACUUUAAAAAUGUAAACUCACUGCCUGCUGUCUCAACGACAACUAAGAGAUUGACUUCAUUACAACUUUUUUUUUUUUUGGUAUAAAUUUGCUGACAGCAGAGUUUCUGUUUGCUAUUCAAGUGCAGCAGCUACCAUCCAGUGGCAUGGGACAGAAUACAGUCAAUUUUACGUGUAUCUUUUUUUAUAUGCAUUAUCCAGAGCAUGACAAUGGGGUAUUUAUUGGUUAAAAUCUUUAAUCCUGUGGAUCAUUUUUAUUUAUCGUGAACAGAACACCACAGCCACAGACAUUAUUGACCAUUAUUUCCCGCUUUGUUUCCAAUAUUUUUUAAACCACAACACCUAACAGUUCUUUGAUUUCUUCAUAAUAAAAAGGUCAUCCAUAUCCUUUAAGUUCAGCUGCGUAUGAGUGGUGUUCUUAUUUAGAUACUGCAUGUUGCAUGCAGAUACUAUGAGUUGUCAUGAAGAUGACAUGAGGGCCACAGGCUUUUGUAAACCAUUUUCAAACCUUUUUCUGCCUUUUAUUUCUGAACAAAGUUAAAUUGAACUACUGCCAUUUUGCAACAUAAGUUAGUAACUAUACAAUACACAAUAUGACAACUAUCAGGAGUGAGCUAACGUUUAGUUCUUUUACACUGUCAUGGACAUGCACCUGUGUUACUUUUCUUUUCUACAGCUAUCAUUUUCAUACCUGGAUCAUCAUUUUUGUGACUUUUUAGUCAGUAUUUUUGUUUACCUAAACCAUUAAGAAUAAUGAUGCAUUAGUAGUUAAUUAAAAAAAUGAAGACAGCAGAAGCCUCUGAGCCCCAUGCAAGAUAUUAGGCUUGCUCCCAGAGUUUUGAGUUAUUUUGAAAAGUCACAUCUACUGUUUUACAUCUGUAUGUGUGUCAGGUCUCACGUGUGCUUCUUAAACUUAUGUAGGGGUCUGUUUGAGCUGAAAUAAGGUGUUGCUCAUUGAGAUCGUAAAAUUGUCUGUUACCCCUUUUCUUUUUUGAUUUAUAAACAAUUCAAUCCUUGUCUUGUAGUUUCAACUGUAAGAUUGUGACAAAGAACUUAUUGUGGAAAUGUUCCCAAGUGAAAAAAGCACUUUAGUGAAGGAGUAAGUCAAAGGAAAAGAACAGGGUUUUUACACUUACAGGGUAUCAGUGUUGAGGGUUGAGUUGAUGGCUUAAUUUACAUGCACAAGCUUUUAUACUGUCAGGUCACAAACAUAAAAGUUCUGUCGGCCUGCGGUACUUUUUGAGAUGGUUCGGAUAAAGAAAACCAACUUUACAGUCUUCCUGCAUCAGAGAUGAGAUCAAACUGCAUACACAUGAAUAAUUCUUCACACUGCUCAGAGCCCCUUUGACAUGAAUGCAGCUAAACAUAUGUGCUCUGUUGUUAGCACGGACUGCAUCUUUAAUUAGCUGCUGAAAAUGCAAAUUACCCGCCAUGGGAUGAAUAAAGGUUUAUCUUAUCUUGAAUCUCCUUUUCCCACGAUGCUCUGCAGUAACCGCACAGCCAGGUCUGCAGUUAAACAGCAGGACCAAAAACACUGUAAACAGUCCUUUCAUUAAGAUCUGGGUGUGUUUUUCUUGCAAAGCUAAAUAAAGCACUUUUUGUUUUCUUGUGGUAUCAACACUACAUCCUCUAUAUGGUGGUGUUUUACAGCUCCAUGGUGGAUCUUUCUCUUCGGACAUUGAUGAUGAUUUGUUGCUGCUAUAAAAUCUGACCCCUGUGCUUCCACACUUUGUAAAAAAUGACCAAGUACUGUUUGAAAAAUCAAGGAAAAAGCUUCAGGUCUGUACAUAAGCAGGGCCAUAGUCUUACUGUGUGAUUUUGCUGCUGUCCUCUGUGAUGUCUGUGUGUGUCUGCUUGGAGAGCAGUACUAUUAGAAAAACACACAACUCAGGUUGUGUAACUCUAAAUAAAUGAUUUCCAAAACAGUGCA